CCUCAACCCAGACUAGCAUUCAGAGAAAUUCCUGUUCCCUGAAGGAAGGAUUACAUUGACCAGACAUUACUGCAAUAGAAUAAGAACAAAGAGGUGAUCUUACACCUGGAAAAGACUAUAUAAGGCUGAUGCCUGAUCUCCAUCUGGUCUUCAAGCCUGCUUCUUACCUCUGGAGGGACUUUGCUACAAACUGAAGCUCUGAACAAAGGACUGAGGACCCAUCCCAGCGGGGGAUGUAUUCCAGAGACUUGAUUUGAACCUGCAGUUUAUUCCAUCGCUGCUGCAAGCCUGAACCAAGAACUUUGCCAUUACUAGAUCCAUCAUGCCACACUACAAGCUCAUGUAUUUCAAUCUGAGAGGAAGAGCAGAAAUCAUUCGCUAUCUGUUUGCCUAUUCAGGCAUAAAGUACGAGGACCACAGGAUAGAACAAGUUGACUGGCCCAAAAUCAAACCAACUAUCCCAUUUGGAAAAAUCCCCAUCUUAGAAGUGGAUGGAGUUACCCUUCAUCAGAGCCUGGCCAUAGCCAGAUACCUAGCCAAAGAAACAGGUCUGGCCGGUCAGACACCUCUGGAACAAGCUCUGGUUGAUGCCAUUGUGGACACCAUUGAUGACUUCAUGUCAAUGUUUCCCUGGGGAGAGAAAAAUCAGGAUGUGAAACAACAGAUAUUUAAUGACCUCCUCACUAAUACAGCUCCUGGGCUACUACAAGAUUUGGACAGUUUCUUAGGGGAUAAUAAGUGGCUGGUUGGGAAAUCUGUAACCUGGGCUGAUUUCUACUGGGAUGUGUGUAGUACAACACUUCAGUUCCUUAAGCCUGGCCUGGCAGACAACUACCCUAAACUUCUGGCUCUGAAAGAUAGAGUACAAGCCCUUCCUGCUAUUGCAGACUGGAUUCAGCAAAGACCAAAGACUACACUGUAGAUCAGCUUUUCUGGUUUUGAAGAACAUGUUUAUGUGGGGUUAUGUUAUUUUUUAAACAUAACUCCAGCACCUCUAAUUUCUUCUAAAGUUACUAAUUUACAAAAAUUAAGAUGACUCAAUGCCUAAUUUGAUCCAGUCUAUUACACCUGCUUGGAAAACAUCAGUGGACAGAUUAAAUUCUUCCUCUGUUUUGCAUUAGGUUUCAGGGAUAAGGAGAACAGUUAUCAAUGGAGAACAAGUUUUAGAGAACUUGGCCUUUAAUAUUUUUAUGCAUGUGUAAUGUUGCAAGAUGCAGAUUAAAUUAAACACUGUUAUAAUUGAUUAUAAAAUGGACUAAAAAUA